CAUUCCCUAAGUAAAACCAUGCUGGAGACCCCCUGAGAUGAGAAAGCAAGGUGUGUGGGAGAGAAGCUCGCUUGUAUCUUAUUUAACUUGGCCAUUUGAAUGAAACUCAGAUUCUAGAAACAACCAGUUGUAUGAAGCCUUGGGGUUGGCGGAGGAGGAAAAGAGUAGAAGAAAAUGAAACAGAGGACCAGCAGGCAGGUGUGGGACACACAGCCGCACAGACUGACCCUAACUGUAAACUAGAAGACAAAGCAGAAGAUGGAGAAGUGCUAGACUGUAAGAAAAGGCCGGAUGAAGGGGAGGAGUUAGAAGAAGAAGCUGUGCACAGCUGUGACAGCUGCCUCCAGGUUUUUGAGUCACUGAGUGAUAUCACAGAACACAAGAUUAAUCAAUGUCAACUGGCAGAUGGAGUGGAUGUUGAGGAUGACCCCAGUUGCUCAUGGCCAGCCUCAUCACCUUCUAGCAAGGACCAGACUUCCCCGAGUCAUGGAGAAGGUUGUGAUUUUGGCGAAGAGGAAGGAGGCCCAGGGUUGCCCUAUCCGUGCCAGUUUUGUGACAAAUCGUUCAGCCGCCUCAGCUACUUAAAGCACCACGAGCAAAGUCACAGCGACAAGCUCCCUUUCAAAUGCACGUACUGCAGUCGUCUCUUCAAACACAAACGGAGCAGGGACCGCCACAUAAAGCUUCAUACAGGAGACAAGAAGUAUCACUGCAGUGAGUGUGACGCAGCAUUCUCAAGGAGCGAUCAUCUUAAAAUUCAUUUAAAGACUCAUACGUCCAACAAGCCAUAUAAGUGUGCCAUUUGUAGACGUGGCUUCCUGUCAUCUAGUUCGCUGCAUGGUCACAUGCAGGUUCACGAGAGGAACAAAGAUGGCUCUCAGUCCGCUUCCCGGAUGGAGGACUGGAAAAUGAAGGACACUCAGAAAUGCAGUCAGUGCGAAGAAGGCUUUGAUUUUCCUGAAGAUCUUCAGAAGCACAUUGCAGAAUGUCACCCCGAGUGUUCCCCUAAUGAAGACCGAUCUGCUCUUCAGUGUGUUUACUGUCAUGAACUCUUUGUAGAGGAAACGUCUCUGGUGAAUCACAUGGAGCAGGCUCAUAAUGGUGAGAAGAAGAAUUCAUGCAGCAUUUGCUCUGAGAACUUUCAUACUGUGGAGGAGCUGUACAGCCACAUGGACAGUCACCAGCAGCCCGAGUCGUGCAACCACAGCAACAGCCCAUCUUUGGUAACCGUGGGCUACACCUCAGUCUCUAGCACCACUCCAGAUUCGAAUCUCUCAGUGGAUAGUUCAACAAUGGUGGAAACAGCUCCCCCUAUACCGAAAGGUCGUGGAAGGAAGCGGGCGGCUCAGCAAGUGCCAGAUAUCACUGGUCCUUCAAGUAAACAGGCAAAAGUUACCUAUAGCUGCAUUUACUGCAACAAACAGUUAUUUUCCAGCCUUGCGGUUUUGCAGAUACACCUGAAAACUAUGCAUUUAGAUAAACCCGAACAGGCCCAUAUCUGUCAGUAUUGUUUGGAGGUAUUGCCAUCUCUCUACAAUCUGAACGAACAUCUUAAGCAAGUCCACGAAGCUCCGGACCCAGCACUGAUUGUUUCUACCAUGCCUGCCAUGGUGUACCAGUGCAAUUUCUGCUCUGAAGUGUUCAAUGACCUCAACACCCUUCAGGAACACAUUCGAUGUUCUCAUGGAUUUGCCAACCCUGCUGCUAAGGACAGUAAUGCAUUCUUUUGUCCCCAUUGCUACAUGGGAUUUCUUACAGAUUCUUCUCUGGAAGAGCAUAUUAGACAAGUCCAUUGCGAUCUUAGCAGUUCCCGUUUUGGUUCCCCUGUGCUUGGAACCCCAAAAGAUCCAGUGGUAGAAGUGUAUUCUUGUUCUUAUUGUACAAACUCUCCAAUAUUUAAUAGUGUUCUUAAACUGAACAAGCAUAUCAAGGAGAACCAUAAGAACAUUCCUUUGGCACUGAAUUACAUCCACAAUGGAAAAAAAUCCAGAGCCAUGAGUCCCUUAUCUCCUGUAACCAUCGAGCAGACCUCUUUAAAGAUGAUGCAGGCAGUUGGAGGUGCUCCUCCUCGUCCUGCAGGUGAAUAUAUUUGUAAUCAGUGUGGUGCUAAGUAUACUUCCCUGGACGGUUUUCAGACUCAUUUAAAAACACAUCUUGACACUGUCCUGCCAAAACUGACCUGCCCUCAGUGCAACAAGGAAUUUCCAAAUCAGGAGUCUCUGCUGAAGCAUGUUACCAUUCAUUUCAUGAUCACCUCAACCUACUACAUCUGCGAAAGCUGUGACAAGCAGUUCACUUCUGUGGAUGACUUGCAGAAACACCUCCUGGACAUGCAUACGUUUGUGUUCUUCCGCUGCACCUUGUGCCAAGAGGUUUUUGACUCCAAAGUCUCCAUUCAGCUACACUUGGCUGUGAAGCACAGCAAUGAAAAGAAGGUAUACAGAUGUACAUCUUGCAAUUGGGAUUUCCGCAAUGAGACUGACCUACAGCUUCAUGUUAAACACAACCACCUGGAGAACCAAGGCAAAGUACACAAGUGCAUCUUCUGUGGCGAGUCGUUUGGUACGGAGGUGGAGCUGCAGUGUCACAUUACUACGCACAGCAAGAAGUACAACUGCAAGUUUUGCAGCAAAGCUUUCCAUGCUAUCAUCUUGCUGGAAAAACACUUAAGGGAAAAACAUUGUGUUUUUGAAACAAAAACUCCAAACUGUGGAACGAAUGGAGCGUCUGAGCAGGUUCAGAAAGAGGAAGUGGAACUCCAGACCCUGUUGACAAAUAGCCAGGAGUCCCAUAACAGCCAUGAUGGCAGCGAAGAAGAUGUGGACACAUCUGAGCCUAUGUAUGGCUGUGACAUUUGUGGAGCGGCUUAUACCAUGGAGACUCUUCUGCAAAAUCACCAGCUUCGAGACCACAACAUUCGACCUGGAGAAAGUGCGAUAGUAAAGAAAAAGGCUGAACUCAUUAAAGGGAAUUACAAGUGUAAUGUGUGUUCUCGAACAUUCUUCUCUGAAAAUGGGCUCCGAGAGCACAUGCAGACGCACUUGGGACCAGUGAAACAUUAUAUGUGCCCAAUCUGUGGCGAGCGGUUUCCGUCUCUUCUGACUCUUACUGAACAUAAGGUCACACAUAGUAAGAGCCUGGACACUGGAAACUGCAGAAUUUGCAAGAUGCCCCUCCAGAGCGAGGAGGAAUUUUUGGAGCAUUGCCAAAUGCACCCUGAUUUGAGGAACUCCUUGACGGGGUUCCGCUGUGUGGUGUGCAUGCAGACGGUGACCUCCACGCUGGAACUGAAAAUCCAUGGCACGUUCCACAUGCAGAAAACUGGAAACGGUUCCGCCGUGCAGUCCACGGGACGUGCACAGCAUCUCCAGAAACUGUACAAGUGUGCUUCUUGCCUGAAGGAAUUCCGCUCAAAGCAGGAUUUAGUGAAACUUGACAUCAACGGUCUGCCAUAUGGUCUGUGUGCUAGCUGUGUUAAUCUCAGUAAAAGUGGUAGUCCAAGUGUCAACAUCCCUUCAAGCAGUAACAGACAAGGCAUGGGCCAAAAUGAGAACUUGAGUUCCAUUGAGAACAAAAGCAAGGCAGGGGGACUGAAGACUCGAUGUUCUAGUUGCAAUGUUAAAUUUGAAUCAGAAAGUGAACUCCAAAACCAUAUUCAGUCAAUCCACAGAGAGCUUGUUCCAGACAGCAACAGUACACAGCUGAAAACACCACAAGUCUCUCCAAUGCCCAGAAUCAGCCCCUCCCAAACUGAAGAGAAGAAGACCUACCAGUGCAUCAAAUGUCAGAUGGUUUUCUACAAUGAAUGGGAUAUCCAAGUUCAUGUUGCAAACCACAUGAUUGGUAAGUGAAGCACUAAAAC